CAUUUUCUGCUAGUGUAUCUCUGCGUAUACAAGUUCUAGAGCAAAUUCCCGACCUCUACAACAGCACAUUUUUUUAAAAUGGUGUAUUGUUGAGUGAAUGUAGGUGCAAUGAUGUGCGAGUAUAUCUGUUAGGAUCUAGCUGGUACGUGGAAAGCAAGGAGAAAUGGAAGAAGGAGUAUUAAACAAGGAUUCUCUAACUACAGAGGUGAGGAAGCCUCUUAAAUAUGAAACCAAGCGAUACAGUGAGAUCUUCAGGGAUUUCGAUAAUCUUGAUCUCUCUUUAAUCUCGACAGAAGUAGAGAAUCUGCUAAUAGAUAAUGAUUGCCAAUUCAUCUCAGAAUCCAGCCCUGGAGAAGGUGCAGAGUUCACAGAGCAAAAUAAUGAACAUAUUGGUGCUGAGGGUGGUGAAGGCGAUGGAAACCAAACAGCCCAAGAAGCAGAGUUGGCCCUCUUUCGCUGUGAGGAAGGAGUGGAGACAGCACUGCAGUACGGCAAGAUGUGGUGCCGCUAUGCCAAGGACCUUCUUGCCUGGAUGGAGAAGAGAAUCUGCUUGGAGCAAGAAUUUGCAAAAAAUGUGAUGAAGGCAGCUGAAGGAGCAAAGGUCAAUGUGGUACAACAGGAAAUGAUGCCACUACAGUAUAUUUACACCAUGGCUUUGGAACAAGAUAUAAAGAAUAGUGUGACCUCCAGAAGGACUUCAGAGCUCUUGCACAACCGCUGCUACCAGGCUUUGGCUGACAAGAGGACCGAGAUCGAUAAGUGGCGCAGAGAGUUUAAAGAGCAGUGGGCAAGGGCACAAAGGAAGAUGAAUGAUGCAGUAACAGCUUUUAAAAAGGCCAAGCAUCAAUACUUCCAGCGCUGUGAAGAGCUGGAAAAGGCGAAAGCAAUCUCAGCAAAAGCUGUGGAUGAUACAGUUGGAGUAAAAACACUCGAUAAGAGGAGGAAGUCCAAGGAUGAAGCCCAGUCAAAGGUUUUAGAGGCAGAACUUCUCUACAGACAAGGUGUAAUUGACGCCCAGUUCACCCAAGACAAAUUAGUAAAGACCAAAGAAAGAAUCAUUUCUCACAUUCGCAAGCUCAUCUGUCAGGGAGACAAUUUGCUCAAAGAGGUCACAGUCAAUAUGUUCUACUACCAGCGACAGCAGACAGAGCCCAUGCCUCUCAGUUAUCAGAACCUUGAGUUGACUUGCAGAACUGUAGAGCCUGGAGAACCCUAUGUGCUUUAUGUCCUCAGCAAGCGUCGCCCUGAGCAAACUCUCCAAACCUUCACCUUUCAGGACUACACUCCUCAUGGUAAAAUCACCAAAAGAAAAACCAGCAACAUUCUCAGCCCUCUGCAGGAUUCUUUACCAAUGACAGAGGAUAAACCUUACAAACGACUCACUGAAGGCAGAAAAACAGGGCACAGUGACAGUGAGAGUAUUGGUGGCAGUUUGGAAUCCCUUUCGAGCCCUGCUUACAGGAGACUUCCUAAAACCGGAUCUACUUUGACAGUAUCAUCAGAUGAUUUGGAUGAGCGGGACAUGGUGUCAGAACCGGAGUAUGCUGAUGGCCAGUCGGUAAAAACACGAAUGUUUUCCCGAGCUGCACUGACACAUCGGCUCAAAAAAAUGAAAAGCAAGAUGGUUAAAUGCAAACAGUGUGAUAACUACAUUGUUGUCAGUGGGGUUGAAUGUGAGGAGUGUGGGCUAGCUUUCCACAGGAAGUGUAUGGAGGUGUGUCAGCUGGAGUGUGAGCAGAAGAAGGGCACAGUAUUUGGAGUGGACCUCUCUGUGAUUUUACAAGACAGGCCAGAUGAGGUGCCGUUUGUUGUUCGAUGCUGCACAUCUGAGAUUGAAAGUCGUGCUCUCUCUGUUCAGGGGGUAUAUCGUGUGAGUGGAUCAAAACCUCGUAUUCAGAAGCUCUGCCAGACCUUUGAGACACAGAAGGACCAGGUGGACCUUUCUGAUCUCUCUCCACAUGACAUCACAUCGAUCCUAAAGCACUUCUUCAAGGAGCUUCCGGAGCCUCUAUUAACCUUUGACCUGUACAAUGAAUUCUUGAGGGUGGGAAAGUCCUUUCAGCACCUAAGUGAAAGGGAAACCUCACCAGACCCCAAUGAGAUAAUGGACAAUAUUUACAAAUUACAAAAGCUACUGAAAAAGCUUCCUUCACAUUGCUACACGACUUUGCAGCACCUUAUUUCUCAUCUGCAAAGAGUUUCAGAGAAUUACGAUAAUAAGAUGUCCCCAAGCAAUCUGGGCAUUGUGUUUGGGCCGACAUUAUUGCGCCCUCUAGUGUCUACGGACAUGGCAAUGAUUGCCCUUCUGGAGACAAACUACCAGUCUUUGCUUGUGGAGUUCCUCAUCACACAUCAUGACAGGAUUUUUGGCUUUGAGCAAAGCAUAAAUACACCCCGUCCCCCAGCCCCUACAGCACCUCUCCCAGAAACACCUCCCAGAGCUUCCUGUCCCCUGGAUGGAGUUGUUUCGGACUUGGAUCUUGACACUUCCCCUAGAGAGCUUCCAAAGUCUGUAGAAAAACGAGUUAUCAAGAGAGACUCAAGCGAGGGUUAUGUAUCUGACAAGUCUUCAUCCAAUGAGGCAGUGGACCAGCUGAGCCUUGAAGCCAGUGAGAGUGCAGUCCUGGCUAUGAGAGCAACAUCAAGUGAUUCUCAAGGCAAAGCUGCAGGGAAAUCUUCCUCUGAUUCAGGCACACAACCACAUUAUCGUUUUACAAGACAGCCUGUGAAGUAUCACCGGUAUCAUAACUUAGGAACUCAAUUCUCUAACCCAGACUUUGCAACACCUCAGCCAGCAACUCCCAAAAGGGUCAGUCAUCGGAGUGCAGACAACAGCAGCAGCUCCUCUCCAGAGCCUGGAUCACAGAGCGUUCUACAAAACUUAGAAGGCCACUAUGAGAUCAUUCAGCAACCCCACCAGGUUACUACAAUAGCAGAGGGUAAGGUGGAUGUUCCACUGAGCCCUAGAGAGGUUGUGCAGUACAUGCUGGGAGUGGACACCACAGUUACUUCACCUGGAGAUGCAGUUCCAUCCAGUACAACUGAGAGGUCCCCUCAUGAAAUGACAAGAUGGAGACAAGCUGAUAACAAUGCAAAUUUGAGCAGUAAUCGACACAGUGUUGGACAGAAUCGCAUUCACCAUCCAAAAACCAUCUCUGCUGAGCAUCACCUGACCUCUCCAGCCCAGAAGAUCCUGUCUAGUUUGAAGCUAAGACGUAGCCACUCGGAGAAGGAGGAGCAACUCUUUGUUUAAGGAAAGUUUACAAUUUUAGCUACUGUCAUCAUCUACAUACACUGAAGGACUGCACUUAAUUUACACUGUGUGUAAAAACCAAUGGUGACUGAAACAGUAAAAAUUGACUACAUUCAUGUAGUUUUAUAAAAGAAAAUCAUAUACUGUAUUUUGUUCACUCUGAUUCCCCUACCUUAUCUGCAACUACUACUACAUUACUCCCUACUUUAAUUUUUAAGAACUGUAACUUUUAGAAAAGUUUCAUUUCUCAAACUCAAUUCCAAAACACAUGAAAUAAAUCAGGGAUGAUGCUUACCUGGACGCCCUAAUACCUCUAAAUCACCUUCUUUUAACUGUUAACCCUCCAGUAGUGUAAUGCAACAGCCAUACAGUAGAUGUAUUUUUCUAGUGUUAAUUAUUCAGUAUUUGAAUGUAACAUGCAGGUGCUUUCAAUUAAAACAUGCAGACAAGCACAAAAGCAUGAUUUUGUUAUCAUGUGAAGACCAUAAAUGUUUGGUUUUAUAUUUGUUUUAUAUUCAGUAUUUUAGUCUCCAGAGUAAUAUUGUCCACUUAGCUAAAAUAGGCUUUAUUAGUGUCAUAUUGUUAUUAAUAUUAUCAUAUCAGUUUUAGUUUAAGAUAAAUGCACCUUUCUUCUUUAGACACAAGAGGGCGAUAGUUCGGUGUAGGAGAAAACCAUGUCAGAAACAACAGUACAAGGAUAAAUAAAACCUUUUAUUAUUUGCA